AUGAUUAGGCACAUUUUGAUAUUUUCCACGUUUUUGGUUUUCUCGGUUUUUUGCCAAGAAAAUCCAUCGGCUGCUUGCACAAAAGCAUUGACAGAUUGUGAAAAUGAUUUGGAAUGUCAGAAUCGAUUGGCACCACUUAUGGCUGCUUGGUGAGUAAUUUUAAAUUAAAAAAGGCUUUGACAAUUGAGUUGGUGUUUGAGAAAAAAUUAUUUCCAAGUUUUUUGAAAUAGUGAAUAAUAUUGAAUGAAUUUUAAUUCGAAAUUUCAAAUAAAGAUAACGAAUUGAUUUUUGAAUAAUCUUAAAUUUUCUUCAAAAAUCGCUUUUCGCCGGGCGAGAGAGGCGAAACAUUGUUUGGAAAACAUUGUUUGGAAAAAUUUCAAAAAAGUUAACGAAAUUUCUGAAUUAGUGUUUGUUGAAUGAAGAGAGAUUAGUUUAUCUUUCCGAAAAAUAUAUUUCUCAAUUUUUUGAAACAGUGAAUUAUUUUUAUUUGUGACAUGUAUACUAGACUUAACGAACUGAUUUUUGAGAAUGUUAAAAUUAUAUUUUCUUGAAACAGUUAAAUUUUUGAAAAUUUUUUACACAGAAAUGCAUGAGAGAACAUUAAUGUAAAUUUUACCAAUUCAAAAAAAGCCAGAGAAAUCAAACUAUUUAUUUGAUUUUUGAAACCUUAUUUUUGUUCAAAAUAAUUUUGAAACAGUGAAAAAAAUUUUUUUCUAGCAGCACUGGAACUUGUCAACCACAAUGUCGAUCUGCAGUUCUCAAUGUUUAUCAGAAUAAACUCGGAAGAAUUUUGUUGAGGUAAAUUAUUUUGAUAAAAAUUUUUGAAAAAAUCCCUGAUUCCAUCGAACCUCAGAAGUUUUAUUCAGAUCCGACGCUUCCUGCAUUCCUGGUCGCGAUGAAUUACGAACCUGCAAUUUCCUCCCAUCCGAAUCAACAGUACACUGUAGUCUCGGAAAAUUGGCAUGCGAAGCUGAUCUCCAAUGCAAUUCGAAAUUUGGAGUUUUUAUGUCAGAAUGUGAAUCAGAUGCGGCUCGUGGAGCAUGUUCGGAUAAAUGUAGACAAUUGUUGAAACAAACCACUGAAACCAGUGUUGGAAAUGUGUUUUCGAAUUGCACUUGUACAACUAGAGAUGAUCAAUUAUGUUUGAAUUUGAAGGAUAAUUUGUUGGGUGUUUGUUUGAAGGUAGGUUAAUUUUAGAAGAAUUCAAGAAUUUAAAUUAUUUCGCAAGAUGUGUACGAAAUUCAAAAAAUUCCGCACACAUGUGUUUUUUUCAAAAAGUUUACUGUUUCAAAUUCUUUCACCUCUCAUUUUUUGCAGAACACAUUCUCCUCCUCCGGAUCUGCUACAUUAUCUCCAUCUGAUAAUUCAAUCACAGAUGGUCCAGCUUUUUCCGAUCCUUCUUCGUCUUCAACAAAUACAACUUAUCGUCUCACAUUUUUACUUCUCUUAUUUAUUAUUUUCUUCUAAAAUUCUUAGAAGAAGAAAAAAUAUAAUAAUUUAUGAAAACUACUGUAUGUUACGUGUAAUAACUUUUCACUUUUUUUUCAAAUAUGUAGAAUAAUUAAUUUUUCUUGGAUUCGAAUGAAGAAUUUAUUGAAAUAUAAUCCCUUUUUUGGUUUAUUGGAUAUAAAAAAUUGAGCUGAAAAUCUGGGAAAAAAUAGUGACAAAAAUUAUUCUGUUUUGGGAAAUUUAAUUAAAUGAAAAAAAGUUCGUAUAAAUUGAUUUUCUGAAAAAUAGAACUUGUUCGAAAAAAUAAAAAAUAAAUAAAAUUUUCACAUUUGUCAUUAUAAAAAGUCAUAAUUUCAAGAAAAAGUACAACUUGUCUGAGAAAUUCCAGAAUAAAAAAAUCAACUUUCAGGUUCAAAACAUUUCACUGUUUCAAAAAUGUUAUACAGAAAUUAGGGAACUUAAAAAUUUCAAUUACUCAACUCAGCUCAAAACUUCAUAUUUUCAAACCAAAAAAACUUCACUGUUUCAGCAAUUUCAUGAAAUUAAAAACGUGGAAAAUUUUUCUUCUGGGCAAAUAGUUCUAGAAAAUACAUUUGAAACCGAAACUUGAGAAAAGUUUACUGUUUUCAAAUUUUCAGAGACGAUUUUUCAAAAUCUGAAAAAGCACUGCGUCAAGAAUGUUCCAGAAACUGUUAAAACUUCAAAAUGUCUCUCAAUAUGCUCUUCUUGUUCGCUCAAAAAUCACAGAAAAAUUAUUUUUAAUCCUCCUUAAAAAUUCCAUUCACAAAAAAUAGAUAACAGAAGAGGAAAAUGGUGAUAAAUAAUCAUCAUUUUUUUCUUGCCUACAAAACAAAAAUUGUCGAGUUCUCGAUUUAAUUUAUGGUCUUUUUUGUGGCCAAGUUUUGUUUUUAGUUUGAUCACUUAUCACCACGUUUUCUCCACGAGUUUUUUUGAUAAACAUUUUUCAGUUGUGCAAAAAUGUGGCUCUUCCAAUUUUGGGUUACCGUAUUUUUUGGUGAGUUCAAUUUUUUUCCAAAACCUUUAUUUAUUCAAAUAAAUACAAAAAAUCAGAAAUUACAGUAGUUUGUAGCCGAUGUAGAAAUAAGUUAGCAUAAAUCCGGUGAAAAUCAACUUGCGAUAUUUUUUCGGGAAAUUUUCGAAGGGAAAAUAGUUCAUGAAGACGGCAAAAAUAUUAGUCAAAAUUGUCAAAUAUAUCAAUAUCAUUCGAAAAUUCGAGAAAUGAGAAAUAGAUUUGAAAAUUGAGAAUGAGAAAUGAAAAUGAGAAAUUAUUGUUGAUUGGUAAUAAUUAUCACAACUCACAAGGGGGUUGUGAACCAAAACCUAUUAUUAGAGAAUUGAGACGUUUUGCAGAACUUGAGAAAUAGCACUGUUUCAAAAGUUUGUAUUCAGAUAAAAAUAUAUCAUUGAAAAACAAUUUUAUUUGGGAACAAUUCUGAAAAUUUUCCAGAAAAAAAUAAUGUGAAAAAUGUCAUUAGUUCAAAAAUAAAACAAGUAUACUUCGCCGAAAUUUUGUUUUUAAAAAAUCACUGUUUCAAAAAUGAUAUUUAGUGCUAGCAAUUUCAUUUGAGUUAUUGAAAUUAUGAUAAAGUUUAUCAGGAAAUGUUUUACUGUUCCAAAAUGAAAUGAAAUUCGUAGUGUUUUAUUCCAGCUCAUAUCUCUAACAUCACAAAGAAAAGUGGAUAACCCAGAUUUUCCACCAAAUUGUUUGAUUGAUGGUCCAGAUAUUUAUGAUCCAAGUCAAGCAGCAAAAGUUCCAUGGUUCGAUGUGAAUUUAGAUCUUCCACCACGUCAAAGAUUCCAACAAAUGGCUAAAGCUUAUGAAAAAGAAAUCAAGGAUGUUUUCGAUAUUUUGAGUGUUAGUUUUUAAAUAUUUCAGUAUUUUUUAAAUUGAUAAUAUUUAUUCCAGUAUUUCUUGACAAUAAUUCCCGGAGUAAAUGCUUGGGAAAUUAUUGGAAAUGUGACUGCCAAUGCUUUAGACAAAGGAAUGAUUAUGAAUCCAUAUAAAGACGAAGUUUUGGGAAUUGCAGAAGUCAUUGAUGUUCCAAUUGGAAAUUUGGUUUUCUUGAACAUUUUUUAUGAAAUGUCCAGAUUUUGUACAUCGAUUGUUGCGCAGACUGAGGAUAAUAAGGAUUUGUAUCAUGCGAGGUAAUGAGGAUAAUAUUUCAAAAACAAAUCAAUUUAGAAAGCUAAAAUCAAAAUUCAUAACUUUUUGAAACAGUGAUUUUUUUUACUUGAAAUUGUAGAACAAUAUUGUUAUUAAAAAGUCAAAAAAGCUGAAAAAUUUUCGCAAACACAGCUUAAGGGCAUCCGGUCCGCGGCGGACCUGUGACAGACCUGUGAAACACCCGUGGGCAAAACACCUGUGACAGGUCUGAGACGUGUCGAUUUUGACCUGUAGCCCCACCUGUGAAUGACCCCUAAAAGACCUUUUUUCUAAUUUUUGGUUGACCAACUACAAUUUUUUGAACAAUGUUAGAAUCAAUAAAAAUUUAUUAGAAAAUUUAAAAAAAAUUAGAAGAACUUAUUUUUCAUGGUCUUUUCGAUGCAUCUCUUUGAUUUGCGGAGAAGUUGGGUGCGGUGGCAGUUGGAGCAGGUUUUGUCAUUUAAUAGUAAAGACGAUAUGGUGUAAUUCCUUGAAUCCACAAUUCUUGGUGACACCAAUCUGUGGCUCAUUUCGUCGUUAGAGAAGACUGCGUCAGCUGGAAGUUGCUUCUCAAUGUGCUCACAAGCAAAGUCCAUCUUUUGGGCAAAGAAUCCUCUGUUGAUUUGAAUUCCGACUAAACCAGUCUUCUUUUGGCGGCGGUUGAGGAACUUCAUCUGAAAAUAAAAAACCAUUAGUAUCCGACUUUCUUAUUCAUGUUAACAAACCUGCGUGUGAUCAGUGAAAUGGAUAAACUAUGCUUCCGAGCUUGUUGAUGUCGGAUUCGAUGAGUUUCUUUCCAUCUUGAUCUUGCCAUUAUAACACAGUUGAUAUCCUUGUUUUUGAGGCAGCCUAUAAAUUUAUAUUACGAUUACGUAAAUUAGUAAAUUAUAAGUUGUGACGAAUUCAAGAAUCAAGAAACGACAUGUCUAUAAAACUUUUUCAACUCUAACAGGGAACUUCCGAGAAUAAUUCAUUAAAAUUAGCUAAAAUUGAGUGCAACUGCGAAAUAUAUUCGUUGUACUAUUUGAAAAUUGAAAAAAUCAACGAAAAUGAAAAAUUAUAUUUCCAGGUCUAAAUUCAUGUUUUAUGAAUAAAUUUUCAAGUUCUAAAGAAAUUUGCUGCUUGAUCCUAGGUGGGCAACAUGGUUUAUACAUGUUUCGCAGCUUCAAACACUUAAUUUCUCGAUAAAACGUGGAAAACACAAAAAAAACGAAAAAAAAGAAAAAAAAAUCAGCGGUGUGCAUUUCGUCCGAGAGAAAUCCACACACAUAUCGCUGCAGGACCUUUUCAUUUAAUUGCAUGCGCCUUUAAUUUUUUACCCUUUAAAACCAUUUUGGUGGAAAAUGGUAAACACCAUUCGACGCAGAAUUUCGAGCUGAACAAAAUGAUUAUAAAUUCAUCUUGUGUUUUGACCGAUUUUCAAUUCGUAGGUUUUUGGUGAAUUUCAUUUUAUUUUUUUCUAAUUCCACUCAGCCACAUCAUAAAGAGUUUUCGACACCGCUGAACAUUUCUGAUCAAAACGUCGACAUCCUAAAUAAUGAGCCGGGAAUCGGGAAUUUUCGAAAGAUAAAUAUUUUUGGAAGCCUACAACUUAUGCUAGAAAAACUACUUAGCAGCUCUGAGAAUCGGUCAGCAAAAGUGGAAACGGGUUCUUUCUCAGAAUUUAAAACUAUCAAGCGAUUGAUCUCUCAUUGAAAAUGUCUCAGUGAACACACUCUUCCCUGUCGCACUGGUCCACUAUUCUUCUGAUUUUUCAUUUUUUUCAGUUAUUGGUCAAAAAUGAAUCAACUUUCCUACGGGUCAUCCACGGGUCAUUCAAGGGUCAUUUGACACUUUUUUCUCUUAACUUCAACAACUACCCACGGAAGACCUGUAGAAGACUUUUCAAAAUACUUGUAGAAGACCCGUGAAUCACCUGUACAAGGAAAAAACACAAAGAACCUGUAAACGAUCUGUGAAUCGCCUGUGAAAGACCCAAGGAAGACUCGUAAAACACCUUUGAAUCUUGUCGGUCGGUUACAGGUCUGUCGCGGAUCGGACGCCCUUAAGCUGUUAACAUUAAAAAACACAAAUGUUAAUUUUGAAACAGUGAAAUUAGUUUUUUUAAAGAGUUGAAAAAAUUGAAUUUUUGGGAAUAAACUUCUUUUAGAAAUUUCCAAAAAGUUAAAAUAUGAACAUUUCGGGCAAAAUUUGAAAAAUCUGGAAAACUCAAUUUCGAAUCAAAAUAUCUCCAUUUUUUCCAGAAAUCUCGAUUUCGGUCAAUUGUUUGUUUGGGACAUUGAUGCACAAUCGUGGGCUUUGACAGAUGCGCUCAAAAAAUUGAGUGUAAAUAUUAAUUUCUACAAAAACGGUAAACUUUUGUUCAAAGGAUCGACUUUGGCUGGACAUGUUGGCGUUUUGACAGGUCUGUUGGUCAGGAAAUUGGAAUGGGAAUUAGAUGAGGAAAUAAAUUUUGAAAUGAAAAUAUUGUGAGAAGGGAUGAAAAACUUUCUCAUCAGAAAAUUUGAAUAAUUAUAUAAAUUUAGUCAAGUUUUGAAACUAUUCCAUUUUUUUCUGUUUCCAGCUAUGAAACCUCAAAAAUUCUCGCUCUCAAUGAAUGCCAAAGUUCAACCUGAUGUUUUCAACGUGGCAAAAUGGUACAUGGGAUAUUAUGCUAAUACAGAUUUGCAAUUUGUGAUGUAUUUCGAGAGAUGGCUUUUCGAAAACUGCGACACUUUUGAGGUAACACUAAUUGUAAAUUCCACGAUUUAUUUCUCAAAAACAAUUUUCAGUGUGCCCGUGAAAAAAUCGCAUCAGUCAACAUUCUCUCCGGAGCUUAUUUCAUUUUGGGAGGUGUAAAUCCAGGUGAAGGAAGUGUGAUUGUUCGCAACACAACUGCAAUUCAAUUUGAGAGAAAACUAUUCGAUGGAGAUAAUGAUUGGUUCCUUUUACAAACAAAUUAUGAUCCAGACAAGGAUCCACUUUUUAUUGACAAUCGAAGAGAUCCCGGAAAUGCGUGUAUGAAGAAAAUGACACGAAAAAAUAUUAGCAGAAAGGGAAUUUAUACGGUUCUUUCGUCAAAACCAACUCUUAACAAAACAACUGUUCAUACUGUAAUUAUGUCGGUGACAAAAGGAUAUUUUGAGACUUUUAUUCAAAAUUGUCCAAAUCCAUGUUGGGCAUUCUAG